GCAGGAUUCAGCCUCCUCAUCUUCCAUCAUGGCUCCCUCGAUAGACAGGCAGGGAUACUGGGGGCGGCCAACUUCAACGCUGGACUGGUGUGAGGAGAAUUAUGUCGUUUCUUUCUACAUCGCGGAAUAUUGGAACACUGUCAGCAACCUGAUUAUGAUUCUUCCUCCCAUUUACGGUGCCAUUCAGACAUUUCGAGAUGGCCUUGAAUUCCGCUACAUCUGCUCUUUUCUUGGACUGGCAGCUGUUGGUGUUGGUUCCUGGUGCUUCCACAUGACGCUGCUCUAUGAGAUGCAGUUACUGGAUGAGUUGCCAAUGAUUUACAGCACGUGUGUCUUCGUCUACUGUCUAUAUGAGUGCUUCAAACAAGAGAACACUGUCAGUUUAUUUCCUAUUGCAAUAUUACUAAUCUUCAGUGUCUCAGUCAGUUUGGUGUACUUACAGUGGAAGGAGCCAGUGUUUCACCAGGUCAUGUAUGGUGCUCUAGUAGCAUGCCUAGUGAUGCGAUCUGUCUUCAUAGUUACAUGGGUGUAUCCCUGGCUUAGGCCCCUGUGCUACACCUCUUUAGGUGUCUUUAUGUUAGGUUUCCUACUGUGGAACAUUGACAAUAUCUUCUGUGACUCAUUAAGAGCCAGCAGACAGAUGCUGCCCCCUGGUGUUGGAGUAGUAACACAGUUCCAUGCCUGGUGGCACAUCCUUACAGGCCUGGGGUCCUACCUGCACAUACUUCUCAGCCUCCAGAUCAGGUCAACCUACCUCAAGCACAGACCAAAAGUAAAGUUUCUUUGUGGAGUAUGGCCCACAUUGCACAUUGAGUCUCAGAAGACAAGCUGAAGUGAAGGGAUGGGGACCAUUAAAGGAUGGUGCCAUAUCCAGUCACCAGCACAGGGACCUACUGAUGCCCCUCUCUCCCUCUGCUGGGGAGACAACCCACGACCAGAGGGCCGGUGUACCACAAGGCAUCACCCUGGGGACCCUUCGGUUCUGCAGUGUGGGGAUUUGCUAAGUACAAUAUAGCUCUGAGAAAUGUCAAGAAAUGGAAGAUAUUUUUUUCCCAUCAGUCAUAAUUUAUUAGAUUAGAUUCUUUGUAAUGCUGUUGAAGUAUAAUGAUUUUAUUUGCUUAUUCAUCUCCAAAGCCAAUAUUAUGUGUAACCCCUGCUGAGACAGUGGUAGAUGUUGAAUGGGUUAAGGGGGUUCUCUUGAUUUUGAUUUGGGAAAAGGGUAAACAAGUGUCAUUAAGUCAUAAGUCAGAUUGUCAUAUUUAUCAUUGUAUGUUAACUACUGUAGAUAUUUAGAUCCCCUAACUGAGGUGUAACUAAGGCUAUAUUGGUUAUGUGUAGUUUUAAGAGUAGUUGAAGGAGUUCCACAUACAGUGCAGUAUUUCAUAUCCCUUUCAGAAAGAUCCAGUUACUCUCUCUGGAUGUGCUUAAUACACCUGGGAUUUUAACUGCCUGUUAGAAAGUGAUCGUGUGUGAUUGUAGCUCGGCUCACCAAAUAUUAUUUGCUGGGCCAUAGGCCUAGUUGAAUUUGUUCGAUCAAAGCAUGCUAUAACUGGAAUUAUGCUGUCCUUUCCAUGCUAAAGUUGCUCUUUAAUUUAGCACAUGUUGAAGUAAUAUAUGCGACAUGUUAAUGUUUUACAUGACUUUUAACAAGGACAGAAGGAGAUGCCACAGUUUUGCUGCACAGCACCACAGCACUGGUUUGAAAGUUUGAGCAGAUAUUACAGUACAACAGGGUAAUUGUUUUCAUGCAGGGUAUUUUGUUAAUACACAGGGCAAGUUGAGCCAGUUUUUUUACAAUUUGAGUUUUUAUGGAGAGUAUUGUACUUGCAGCAGCUUUUUUGUGGAUGCUCUCAUUUAAAAUUCAAGAUGUAUCCAACAGAGGUUAAUCCUCAACUUCCCUCAGGCUUAUGAAAUGAGCCAUCAGUUUGUUAGGAUGCGUUAUAGAAAAACUACAGCAAAGACUUUUCAUUAGUAUAAAAAAAGUAAGGCACAAGAUUUAAUGAUUCCCCCAAUGUUAUGAUGUGUUUUCAUAAUUUAUUAAAGAUCACUAUUUAGUAAAGAUAUGCACAGUCUUAAAAGGUUAGGUUAUUUGGCCAGCAUCUGGAGGGUAAUUUCUGGGUACAGAUAAGACACACACUUGCACAUAACUGCACACAAACUGCAUUGAAAAUAUAUUGGCUCAACUUGCCCCUUGAAACUUAAGAGAAGGCUCUUAGAAUUGGUAUCCAGACUGGUAACCCAGACUGAGAGGAAAAAGUUCAUUAAUUUUUAAACUCCUAUAUAAUCUACAACUAACAUAAGACACAGCUUCAACUUAUAUAUAUAUGCACAUACCUUCUCCACAACAGCCAUAAUCACAGUCAUAAUCAUUUUAUGCAACAACUGUUAUUUGUGGCAAGUAGUCUUGGAAAGCCAGCCUUUCUCCAUAUUUGACCAUAUUUUAUGGCUGUUCUGACACUGGUCAAAAAGUUUAUCUCAACCCAUUAUCAGGGAGAAAUAAAUGUAAAAAAUGAUGAUCGCUACAUACAUGUUGUUCCCAGUGACCCGGUGCAGCAAACCUGAAGGGCAGCGAGUGUGCCCCGUCAAAAUGCUGAUGAAGGAAAUAAUAGUUCGGCCAACUAGAAAAGAAGCGGCAGUCCUGCUUAAUAGAAAUAUUCCUAAUCAUACUUGUUUAAACUCAAAGGACCAACUAAGUGGGUUGAAAAAAAAAAUGUCAGAAUCAUUGUGUUUUCAAAUUCCACUUCAUACUAAUCCAUAAGCAAGUUCUCAUCAUUUCCUCUUUAAUGUUAAAAUAGGGAAUUGUUAGUAAAUCAACUCAAAUCAAGAGUUGUUCAAAGUUCCAGUUCUGUAAAGGUACUUUAAAAAAUCAUCUUAGACCUAAGUAUCAUUAGCAUAAGGUGCCAAAGUUGGAAUGGUUUGACAGCUUGAUAUUUACUAGUAUUUAUUUUUCACAUUUUUUGUCAUUUAUUUAUACCAGCUUAACAAAGUAAAGAUUCAAAUGGCACAUACACACAAUGGAACAUGUUCAUUAAACUUUAAUGAUACAACCACUAGAUGGCAGAGAUCUCUAUAAAGUUUCAGACGUUGCCUAAGGAUGCCACACUGCUAUGAGUAACUGCUACCUAUCUAGAAUUUUAGGAGUUUGUUCCUCAGUUUUCAUAACUGGAUUUGUGUUGUCAAAUGAAGGAAUUCACAUUUUUGCAAUGUUUGCUUUACUGUGAAAGUGUGGACAUGAAAAGGAGAAAAAUGUCUUGGGCUUAAAAUAACUUCUAUAAAUGGAAAGAGCUAAUAUGCAUAAUGUGGGUGCAACUUGAUACUUGUUGUAUGGAGAUACUUGCAUGUCUCUCAAACUGUUGUUGUCUGGAUUAUCUCCUGCAAAAAAACAGACGUCAUCAGACAUUUCUUUUUUUAUGCUUUGACCAUGCUGUCCACAAAAGGGAUAUACUGUCAGUUAUAACUACUGCUUGGACCAAGUGUUGCAAAAAUGCAUAAGCACAAUGUACUGUACAAAGGACAAGUAUUAUCAUUGUUCAGCAUUCACUUUGAAUCUUCCUUGUAUGUUAUCUUUAAAUCACUGCUUGUCAGAGGGGGUGAGCAGUUGUCAAUGAGGGUGCCUUAUUUUUAUCUUUGCAGUGUACUCCAAGUUGCCUUGACACUCAUAACAAACAACCCAUCAAAAUGUUCCUGUGUCUGUUACAGUGUUCCCUCUCCCCAUUGGUUUGCCUAAUGUACAGAAAAACUACAUUUAGAGUGAACUGUCAAAGCAUCAGAAAAAAACAAAAACAGCUACUAAUUCAAAGUGUGUGCCUAAUCAUUUUGGCCUUCCAUUUGUUUUGUGUGUCUACCUUCUCAACUUGGCUACUGGUCAUGUCAGUGACAUUUAUGACUGUAGCUAGAAGUGAUAAGACUUGUUUGAUGUGGCCAGUAGAGCGAAGUCUGCCAACAUUUUGUAGAAAUUUGGUCACACGCCAGUCUUUCGUAUGCCCUGUAUUGUCAAAUUAAAGACAAUGUAUCAAUGUAACCUG